CUGGCUCAAUGAUUUCUACAGUACCGACAGCCCGACGGGUCCUAAAACCCUGCCCUGUGGAUGCUCUUGGAUACCGGGUGAAAACCUGCCAUUUGCACCAAAAGGGUGCUCAAUUCAGCUUUCACAGCCUGACUGGAAGGAAUCCUGCCACAACACACCGCUGAGCUCGCCACCUGUGGUUCGGUGGGAUGAAGAAUUAAGAGACAACCGCUCUCUGUCCCCCCUUGGCCUGGUACCACCACCAUCUUGGCUGAGAAACACAUGGUGGUCACUGCAGCCUCCACGGAGGUGCACUGACACCCUCACCGCUCACCUCUCCUCACCUGUCAAGUCUGCCCGGCAACAGCAACCGCAGCAAUGAGCUCUCACAGCCAAUCAGGUGGAUUGACCAGCAAUGAGCAGCCUGUGGAACUUCUAAAACCAGCAGCACUCAACCAUUAUGUGGACGUGAGUUCGGCAUCACUGCCCAUGCAGGUGCCCCCCACCUCCUCAACCAUCCUUCCCAUGGAUCUGCGCGUAGUGGACCACCACCACCCCCACCACCACCACCAACACCACCACCACCACCAGCAGCCCUCUUUCGGCCUGGUUCCCCAGCCCCAUCCUACAGCACCCAUCUCCACAGCGUGUCCCACGUCCUCAGAGCCAGGUCGCGGGCCAGUCAUCAACCACCAGGAGCAGCAGCUGCAGCAGGAACUGGUGACGCUCAAACACAAGCAGCAGCUCCAGAGACAGAUCCUGAUCGCUGAGUUCCAGAGGCAGCAUGAGCAGCUAUCGCGCCAACAUGAAGUCCAGCUGCAGGAACAUAUCCAGUCUUGUGUCUCUCUCCACCAGCACCAACAGGACCUCCUGGCCCUCAAGCACCAACAGGAGCUGCUGGAGCACCAGAGGAAGAUGGAGCAGCAGCGUCACGAGCAGGAGAUUGAGAAGAAGCAGCGGGAACACAAACUCCUUCAGCUGAAAAACAAGGAGAGGGGACAGGAAAGUGCAGUCGCUAGUACAGAGGUGAAGAUGCGACUUCAGGAGUUUGUCCUUAACAAGAAGAAAGCCCUUGCUCAGCGCAGCCUAAACCACUGUAUGCCUGGAGACCCGCGCUUUUGGUAUGGAAAAACCCAGCACAGCUCUUUGGACCAGAGCUCUCCUCCCCAAACCGCAUUGUCAGCGUACACCCACCCAAUGCUGGGCACAUAUGACUCAAAAGACGACUUCCCUCUCCGCAAAACAGCUUCUGAGCCCAACCUCAAGCUUCGUUCCCGGCUAAAGCAGAAAGUGACAGAGCGCCGCAGCAGCCCAUUGCUCCGAAGGAAGGACGGUCCCAUCACUACUGCCAAGAAGCGUUCCCUAGACAUGGCCGAGUCUGCAUGCAACAGUGCACCCGGCUCAGGUCCCAGCUCCCCCAACAACAGCUCCAGUAACAUCCCCAACGAGAACGGGGUCACCAUCUCCAGCAGCCCAGGAGAGGUCUCCCUGCUUCAGAGGUUGGCAGCACGGGAUGGUUCAGUAAGCCAUCUCUCGCUCUACACCUCCCCUUCUCUGCCCAACAUCACCCUGGGACUGCCUGCUAGCUCUGUGGUGUCAGGACACCAAGAUGGUGACAGUCGUCUGGCACUGCCUACGUUACAGCAAAGCAUUGGUCUGACCCCUCCAUUCCUGCCCACUGCCCACCUGCCCUCCUACUUGGCAUCCUCGGCUCUGGACAGGGAGGGGGCCGGAGGGGGCACGGCUGGUCACAACCCCCUCCUCCAACACAUGGUGCUGCUGGAGCAGAGCCACAAUCCAAUGGUUGGUCUGGCUGGCCUCACACUACCGUCGCCUUCUGUCUCCAAACUUGCGCGGGGCCACCGACCCCUUGGGAGGACGCAGUCGGCCCCCCUGCCCCAGCAGCAGUGUGGACAGGCCCAGGCCCUGCAGCAGCUGGUCGUCCAACAGCAACACCAGCAGUUUCUGGAGAAACACAAACAGCAGUUCCAACAGCAGCAGCACAUCAUCAACAAGAUCAUGUCUAAGCCCGGAGAUCAGGUGUCGGCUGUGGGCUCCAGCGCUUCGGGGCCGGGCCGGCAGCACCAGAGCCACCCGGAGGAGACGGAAGAGGAGCUGAGGGAGCACCAGGGCCUCUCCCUGUCACCCUCCUCCUCCUCUCCUAUGUCCGCACCGGAGACGGGGCCCCUUCGAGGGAUGGUCAUCAAGCAGGAGCCGCCGGACCCCCAAGAGCACGAGGAGAGAGAGAAGAGGGAGAGACUAAGAGACCAAGAGCAGGACUUCAUGUUCCGACAGCAGCAGGCUCUGCUGUUAGAGCAGCAGCGGAUCCACCAGCUGAGGAACUAUCAGGCCUCCAUGGAGAAGGCCGGGCUAUCGGUCAGCUUCGCCGGACACCGCCCGCUCUCCAGGGCACAGUCGUCCCCCGCCUCCGCCUCCUUCCCCAUGGUGGUGCAGGAGCCCUCCGCCAAGCCUCGAUUCACUACAGGUCUGGUGUACGACUCUUUGAUGCAGAAGCACCAGUGUAUGUGCGGCAACACCACCAGCCACCCCGAGCACGCUGGCCGCAUCCAGAGCAUCUGGUCCCGUCUGCAGGAGACAGGCCUCAGGGCGCACUGCGAGUGUAUCCGCGGUAGGAAGGCCUCUCUGGAGGAGUUACAGACGGUCCACUCUGAGGCGCACGUCCUGCUGUACGGAACCAACCCACUGCGGCAGAAACUGGACUGUUCAGUGAGCCCCAUGUUUGUGAGGUUACCAUGCGGAGGCGUAGGGGUGGAUAAUGACACCAUCUGGAAUGAGGUCCAUUCAUCCAGUGCGGCUCGUCUGGCCGUGGGCUCCGUGGUGGAGCUGGUCUUCAAAGUAGCAUCGGGAGAACUGAAGAACGGUUUUGCUGUAGUUCGACCACCUGGACACCAUGCUGAGGAAAGCACACCAAUGGGCUUCUGUUACUUCAACUCAGUCGCCGUAGCAGCCAAGCUGCUGCAGCAGAGGCUCAACGUCAGUAAAGUCCUCAUUGUGGACUGGGAUGUCCACCAUGGUAACGGUACUCAGCAGGCCUUCUACGCAGACCCCAGUGUUCUCUACCUGUCGCUACAUCGCUUUGAUGAUGGGAACUUCUUCCCUGGCAGUGGAGCACCUGACGAGGUGGGCAGUGAAGCAGGUGUAGGCUUCAAUGUGAACAUGGCCUUUACAGGAGGACUGGAACCUCCCAUGGGGGACGUGGAGUACCUGGCUGCUUUUAGGACGGUGGUUAUGCCGAUUGCCAACGAGUUUGCCCCAGACGUGGUUUUGGUAUCUUCAGGCUUUGAUGCGGUCGACGGACAUGCUCCACCCCUGGGAGGAUACAAACUCACAGCCAAAUGCUUCGGCUACCUGACCAGGCAGCUGAUGGCUCUGGCAGGCGGUCGCUUGGUGCUUGCCCUGGAGGGGGGUCACGACCUCACAGCCAUAUGUGAUGCCUCCGAAGCCUGCGUCUCUGCCCUGCUUGGCAAUGAGUUGGACCCCAUUCCUGACGAGGUGCUUCAGCAGAGACCGAAUGCCAACGCUGUCCACUCUAUGGAGAAAGUUCUUGAAAUACAAAGUAAAUACUGGCGCUCACUGCAGCGCUCCGCCUCAACACUCGGUUGCUCUCUGAGCGAAGCCCUUCGGCGUGAUGCAGACGAGGCAGAGACUGUCUCAGCUAUGGCCUCAUUGUCUGUCGCCAACAAACACAUUGGAAAGAGGGCUGAAGAGGAGCCAAUGGAAGAAGACGCUGUAAUGUAAAGAAAAAUCUCUAGCCUUUGACCACUCACACCAGUCUUUAUCUUUAACAGUGUCCUCAUCCAGUCAAUUGAAAUGCCACUCCUUUGUCGUCGUUGUCGUCACCCCCCCCCCCACCCCCCCCCGCCACACCAACGUGGCAUAUUUUUAUGGGAGAGAACUAGCAGAGCUGACAAAAGUGGCGCUCAAUGGAAACGGAACACUGAAGAUGAGCGAUGCUUUCGCUGAUCAGCAGUGCACAGACUGAUCAGCAGGAAUGCGUUGUCUCUUGGAUAUAAGUGGAUCGACUCAGCCUUCCCGCAACAGCCUUGAGUGCCAGUGAUUUUUAAACACUACACAAGAUGUACUUUUUGAAUGCCAGUCGGACCCAUACACAUGGUUGUCUACUUUUCCUAUUGUUCAGUUUUUUCUGUGCUUUUUCGUCACACUUUCAUCGUAAAACCACCAGAGCGAAUGUGAUUGUGACUCUGCUCUACGGAUGAAUCAUUCCUGCUCUUUUAAGAUAUCCGGAUAAUUGGGACAAAGUGUUCACAUUUUUUGCCGUAUUCCAAGAGGGGUUGAAGAUAACUAUGGAAAAGGUCAGCAGUUCAAAUAACUGACAGUGAAAGACGUUUGUGCCUUUUUUAUUUUUCAAACCUGGUGGAUUUUUUCUUGAAAGAACUUUGCCUUAAAUAACAGUUUUGGGAAAAAGGCCUCUCUUCUCCCCCCACUCCUGAAACAUUUCUAUCUUGGCAAGACAUCCGAUGCCUGCAUGUUGUUGGCACAUAGACCUUGGCAUGUUUACCUAUAUUUCCCUGCAGCCUACUGUCUCUCCCUUUGCCUUUAUCUUUCCUUUAUUGCCUUCAUUUGAAUAAUGGCAUUGUAGAAGGGAGUUCCCAGCCACAAGUUGGAGGUGGUUCACUUAAAGGAAGUUAAUGGAACUACGUAUCAGAUAUCUGAGUGAACAGCUUGACGGGCCUCCUUAGCCAAUCUUGUGUCAUUCAAGAUUCCGUUCCAACCAAACUAAACUUCUCCAUUACUUAUUGAGGAAGCUUAAUUUCUCCAGGUUACCGAAAGUUUGAAAAACAAGCUUCUUUUUUCAACAAUAAGUUGUCUAAACUAAUCAGUUAUAUUUAGCUGCGUUGGGUAAAAAGAAUCAUGGUUUGGCUUUUAAAAAGUAAGCUAGUUACGAUGUUUAAGUUACGAACUUCAGUAGCGUCUACUUUUACUUUUGGUUUCGCAGAGGAGCCGUCAUCCGGACCUCAUUGAUCAAAGUUCCAUGUUUGUUUGGCACAUCUAUCCAUUAAGACUUUAUCCUAAGGCAGACCUCCACUGACUUUCUUUAGAAACACUUUUGUAAUUCGUAAAAAAUAUAAACGAAAAUAAAUUUCACUUCAAACGUAAUUUCGGGAGGUGCAGCGGUGCAAAUGUGGACCCAUUCGACACAGCAUUGGAGUCUCACGAAAGGAUAGGUACAUCUUAAUCACAAUGCUCUGUACUAAAGCAACAGAACCUUAAGCGUAUUCAUUCUGUACGUAGUAUAUACACAACAGUAAACCGGAUAGACUUUCUCUGCUGAGUCAAACCGCUUUUUGUACAUAAUAACCAGUUUCUGGUCUCUGAGAUUAAUGAGGGAAAUCGAGGAAUUAUUCUCAUAUGGGCCAAUUUGUUGAACCAGCCCUCUCUUUAAGACAACAGUGUCUCCAUGGUAACAAUGACCAAACCACCUGGGAUUUUCCAGGGGGGUGUUCCAGCCCUGCAUAGGCUCCCACAGCUGGUUUAACAUCUUAAGUCCCUUGUUAAGCACAUCUGCUGCCCAAAUGUCAAGUGGUGUGAGGCAGGUGUGUGUACAUGUGUUCAUACACAGUGAAGCACAAGCUGCUUUUUAUAAAUAUUCAAGUGGAUACACAUAUUUUUUAGGGCUCUUUUUCUUUAUUUAACGUCCUUUUGUCUUGACCAGGGUUAGAGAGUGGAAUCUUCUUCCUCCUGCAUCGAAAAGCUCAAUUACACCUGCAUCACAAAUCCGUUACAAACAUCUUAAUAUUUAAGAAAAUGAAUACAAUAUUGGCUUUUUUAUUUAAAGUUAAAGCAGAAUUAUAUUGGGUUCUAUACCGACUAUCAAGGCUGCUAGCUAGCUACAUUUUGUUAAAUAAUUUGGGCACAUGUAAGCUAGCCCCAGUGUGCAGAGGUGGACUUCCUGUCUGUAGCUGGUCCUCCAACUUGUGUUUACCCCCUGGGCAACUACCAUCUCCCACCUUUAUCCAUGUACAAGCUCAUCAUGUUUCAUGUGUUUUAUCAGUGAACGGGAGACAGUGCUGUUAUGUUUAGUGUUGUUUACUGUACAUAGGACAUCUAUCUUGAGUAUUCCUGCCACACACAUUUAUCAAUGGCUACUUUAGUUGACUCUCUUUCCUCUAAUUCCUGUCUUUCUGAUUUGGUUGCCAUUUCAUUGGACUCCUUUUAUACUUUUUAAAUGUUUUAUUUCCUUCCCCCUCUCUGUCUCUGUUACAUUGUAAAGCUGACAUACUUCACAACAUGUGAAGAUCCAGACUCUGUUUAGUGGACAUCACAUGGCUGUGUUUUCUGGGUUUUUGCGGGAGGGGUGGGAUGCAAUUGUUUGUACUUUGUAUAAUGAUCGACAAUUGUGUAUUUACUGUCUGUUCAUAGUAGAUUUAUAUAUAAAAGAAAUGAGUAUAUUAUAUAUUAUAUCUAUACAUAAUGAAAUACUAUGAUCUUGUUUUUGAAGUUAGUAUUGAAAAACAAUACUUUCCCUGGGCCUUACUUACGGUGGCCCUCUUUUAGGGUGUAACUGAAAGCCCCGCUGACUGUCCUUGGUUACGUGUUGAUUAGCAUUUUACUGGUUGUCUUUUUGUCUUUUCACACUGAUGACUAGUAUUUGGCUUCGUCCAUCCCAUUGGUACCAGAACACUGUUACAGUAGGGGUGCCAUUGCUCUCUGCUCAGCGUCACAUGCAGGCACAUGUUCCUGCUUUUCCACUUUUUUAUGCCUCUAGAUACCAUUGUAGAAAAAAAAACGCAAUUACUGGCCGGCACCUUUCUGUAAGUUCAGGAAAAGCCAGAUACAAAUUCUCAAUCUGGAAUCCACUCAUCUCAAAAAAGUAGGGUUCCCCGCAAGUCAAUGCACUAACAAGAAAGAAAAAGACAAGACAAAUGAUAUGGGUGGGUAAAAUGUAACAUCGCUAUAAACCCUACAUUAAAUCAUUAAAUUAGAUAUGAUUUCACAUUUCCAUUUCUGGUCUAAAUAUCUUCCUUCAUCAGCUAAGGGAUGCCUCUUAGUUUCAGGGUCUUUGUUCCCUGCAGCAGCCAAUGUUUUCUGUCCUCAAAUAUAUAUUUUUUUAAUGUCUUUGUCAAACUGGAACAUGUAUAUGAAAAUAUAUAUGUUUACAUUGUCAUAAACUUAUUUACAUCUUCUAAAACCGCAAUCAGACUUUCAAAUACCACAUUUAUUGUUUGUUCAUAAUUCCUUUACUGAUUGAAUAUGGCCUCUACUGGCAGUGUGAUGCUCUUAAAUCACAUGUCCAUAAAUCACCUCAACUGCAUUAGUUUCCAUGACUUCUGCAGAUGGCCAGACAGGCCACAGUUCACACUGUUUUAUUCCUGCUUGUACAGUAUGAUCUACUACUUUGCAAAUGUACAAGAAAACAAAGGAAAUAGACAAAAAAAUAGGAAUAACACUAAGUACAGAAAGCAUGCAAGCAUUCUAUGUUUAUUUAGUAUGGUUUUAACUCCUUUCCAUUUAAGCUAUCUGAUUUUUCCCUUUGUCCAGUCACCUUCACCAAAAACGUGUUUGUGAAAGAUUUAUUUCCAUGACUUUUUCUCAUGUUAUUGUCAGACAUCUUUGCCUUUUAGACAUUGAUUUCUAUAGGUUGAUACUUUUUUUUCAUUAACCCAGCCCAGAACAUUCUCAGAAGCGUUGCUCAGCAGUGCCCGUCACAGAGUUUCAACUGCUGCGUGCUUUGGUUUCUCAAAACGAGCCAAAACCAGCACCGUCUGUCCUCACUGUUAGCCUUGACACAAUGUCCAGUAACAAAGAGUAAAAACAUUCCAUUAUGCUAUAAUUUCCAUUUAUUAGGAGGGGUCAUGUCUUUUAGUUUGAACCCCUAUACUUCUGACUUCAUUCCUCCUUUCUCUCUGCAUGAUCCUAACGUCUGCAUGCACCACCCACCUAUCUUUCUGUCUGUCUCAUUCCGCAUAUCAGCACAAGAGAUCGAGCACUGAAGGACAUUAGUACUUUCACUGUAUCCAAACUGUCUCUUUUACUGCUUUCUUCUUUACGCCGAGGAGGAGUUUGGGUGCUUUCCAUGUUGUGCUUUUACCCGUAGGAUAUGGAAACAUGAAAGACUUCUGUUGAACAUUUUACAAAAGAAAAAAAAAAAUAUCUAGCACUUGUAACACAGACGAUAGAUUUUAUUGUAUUUAUGUAGAAAAACAAAUUGUUUUAGGGGGGACGCUUUGUAAACUGCGACGACAGAAUGGACAUUUUUUUUCUACUCUAAACCAGGCAGGAUGUGACCUUGGUGGACUCUUGGAAGACAUUUUUUGUUCUUUGUCACAUCUGGAAUUUUAUCAAAGGGCUCCAUCCAGGUGCCUGGUCAUUGUUACGGUUGUCCAUUCCACUAAAUACGCCAGUUAUUGCUAUGACCACUGUGGUUAAAAAAAACAAACAGUUUUAGGUUUACAUAUGUAUAAAAUGCAUAUUCUUUUUUUUAUCAGUUAUGUUUUUGACUUGUUCCACCAUUGUUAAAGAAAUAGUACAUUUUCUCGGGAACCUUUGCUCUAACAUGUUGUCUUUGACAUCUACGAUAUAAAGUAUUGUUUUGGAAAACUGCAA